AGAUGUCUGUCUCUGAAGGGAAAAAAACAAUGAAAGAGAAAUUCAUGGCAGAAAUUAAGAAAGUUGCACAACAGGCAACCAAGAUGACACCAGAAGAGCUGAAAUUUAGUUAUAAGGGCAUUCUAUACCCUAGCCUUCUCUGCAGCGAGGCAACUUUUCAAGCAAUGGAGAAAUUGGAUGCCAGAGAAGAUGAUGUGCUAAUUGUAACAUAUCCAAAAUGUGGAACAAACUGGACUAUCAAGAUACUACAUGAAAUGCUAUUUGAAAUUCACAACAAGGAGCCAACAUUGGAUCAAGCUAUGCUGGAAUUUGGAAAACCAGAGAAAUAUGAGUACCUGAAUCAACAGCCAUCGCCAAGAGUCAUGUCAUCACAUAUUACAUAUGAAAACAUUCCUAAAACUUUUUUUGAAAAGAAGACCAAGAUGUUAAUCAUCCUUCGGAAUCCAAAAGACACAGCUGUGUCUUACUACCAUUUCUCAAACAAUAAUCCCGUGCUUCCUUCAUAUGAAUCUUGGGACUUAUUCUUCAAGGAUUAUAUAACUGGAAAUGUAAUCUAUGGAUCGUACUUUGAUUUUACCCUUCAGUGGGAGAAACACAUUGAUGAUGGAAAUAUCCUUGUACUUACAUUUGAAGACAUGAAAGCGGACCUACCAAAAGAGCUGAAAAAAAUAUGUGACUUCUAUGGCUUAGCUCUGACAGAUGAGCAAAUCAAGUUGGUACAGGAAAAAACUACUUUUUCAUCUAUGAAGCAGAACUCCACUAAGUCACAUGGAAAUCUUGGGAAUGUUUUCUUCCGAAAGGGAGAGGUUGGGGACUGGAAGAGUCUUUUUACUGAAGAACAGAGCAAAGAGGUGGAUGCACAGUUUGAAAAGUAUCUUGCUGGAACAAAACUGGGAAAUAUGAUAAACUAUGAAAAAUAUUGCACAUUUUAAUGUAUUUUAGUCUGGUACAUUAGAUUUCUGUUUUAAGUCUGAUGUUUUU